AUGUCCUUUGCUUCUUCGUGUUUUCACCAAGGUACGCUUCACUGCUCAGCUUGCUUUCCUCCGAUUCUGGGUCUUAAAUUGUUCAUAGAUUUUGCUGAUUUUGUGACUGGUGGUCAUCAUACUAAGGAAGAUUAUGCUGUGAGAGGCAAAGAACCAAAAGAUGAAGUUCAAAUUUACACUUGGAAAGACGCUAAUCUUCGCGAGUUAACAGAUUUGGUCAAAGAAGUUUCUGUAGCAGCUAGGAGAAGGAAUGCAAGGUUAUCUUUUGCUUUUGUUUAUCCGGACAAGAACGGUCGCUUUAUUGUGAGAGAAGUUGGCGAGACGAUGUCUUAUCCAAACAGAAAACAACCAGACGACACUAAAACGCUUUCUGACCUUGAUUUCGAGAUUGGAGAUUAUCUGGAUGUGGCGAUUUACUAG